AUGUGCCACAUUGUCACUGCAGCUGUGCCGAACAUCGUGGAUGCGCUGCGGCUCAGCCUCCGCGAUAUGCACAAGGAAGACAUUAUCGACCAUGAGUCGGAGCAAGGUGUCAUGCUCAAGGUGGCUGCGAUCGCGUCGCAUCGCUACAACAAAGCCGCCAAUGUCUACGAGCUGCACGUGCACUGGGAAGUGCCCAACUGUCGUCCAGCGACGGUCGCCGUCACGAUGAAGUCGGUCCAGCGCUCGGUGCUCGCGUUGGUGCCAAGCGACCGAUUUGCAGUGCGCAUUGACGUCGUGGCACACUCUUUUGCACUUGGCUUUACGUCCAAAGACUCGUUUGAUGCGACGCAGCCCCUUUACGCGAAUGCUGCAGUCAUUACUUGCAGCAAUUACGCCAGCCGGAUCAAACACCACCCCGCCACCAAGAUGAUGACGAAUCUGUACUAUAUGAGACCCAAAAGCGUCGUCGUCGUUCGGUACGACCACCAAGUCAAAACAAUUUCUUUCGAAGUCGACGGGGAGGCCGCGGAGACCGCCGCGAUCGAUGUCGAGACGCCACCGAAUGUCGACAUGUUUCCCUUUGUGUCGUUCUACACAACGCCAUAUCCUGACGCAAGCAAGGCGUUGGCCGAUGCGUACCUCGGGCAAGUUUCGCUCGUCCCGGUGCCGUCAGCGUAG